AUGCAUAUAUAUCCCAACGAGGAAAAAAUACGUAUGCAAAAAGGGAAAGACCAGCGCCGGGUCUCGAGCGGCGGCGGCGACAAAGGCGCGGCGCGGGGCGCGGCGGGGUUGUUUACAGUGGAUCUAAAUAUUCCUUCCUCAUGGAAUUCAGUUACUAAUGGAUCUUUGCUUUUGUAUUUUCAGUUUUUAAAAGCAUUCGACUACUCUCCUUGGAGCGGGCACCUGUACAAGCUGGAUGUGGGAUGGCCCAAAGUUCCGGAAUACUUCACUGGUCAGCCCGUGAGCGUGGCCGUGGACUCCCUUCGUGGUUUGGUCUAUGUUGCACAAAGGGGAGAUAACAUACCCAAGGUCCUUGUGUUCUCAGAAGAAGGCUAUUUUCUUUACUCGUGGAAUGAUACAGUUGAAAUUCCUCAUGGUAUCUUUGUAUUAAGCAACACAACAGAUAGCUCAGUAUGGAUUACAGAUGUUGGAACAGGGAAAUAUGGGCAUACUCUGAAAAAAUACAGCCCUUCAGGUAAACUUCUGCAGAUCGUGGGCACCCCGGGUAAUGCUGGUUCAAGCUUGUACCCCCUGCAGUUUGAUCAGCCGGCCGAGAUCUUUGUGGAGGAGUCUGGGGAUAGCUAUGUUGUGGAUGGAGACGGAGGGAUCAAUAACAGACUGCUCAAACUGACCGAAGAUUAUAAAGAAAUGUGGCUGCGUGGACCAAAAGGGACUGGCACUGGUGAGUUCAGGAUUCCUCACAGUGUAACAGUGGAUUCUUUUGGACGGGUAUGGGUUGCGGACCGAGACAAUAAGAGAAUCCAGGUUUUUGAUAAGGACACAGGGGAAUGGCUGGGGACUUGGAGCAGCUGUUUUGAGGAAGAUGGUCCGAGCUCUGUCAGAUUUACUCCCGAUAACAAGUACCUGAUUGUAGCUCAGCUGAACACCAGCCGCUUAUCCAUCUUGGCAGCCCCGCACGUUGGCAUUAUUGGCAAGUGUGUUAUAGUCGACACAAUCCAGCUGGCGGAUGAAACCAAGCCGCACCUCGUGGACGUAGACAUGAAGAGUGGAGCAAUUUAUGUGGCUGAGAUUGGAGCCCAGCAAGUGCAAAAAUAUGUGCCCUUGAAUUGAUGUUUCUCCACCACUCCUGUGGCACAAGCUGUUUGGCGUGUAAGACCUAUGAGCGCGUUUUCUCAAGUUUUCUGUAGCUUGUGUUUUCUUAAGAAAAGCACAGAACAUUGUGCUCACAGGCCUCUAGGGCUCACAAACUGCCCUCGUUCUGGAGAAGUGCUUGGUCUUGGGCUCUCACUUCAUUUAGUGACACUCUAUUUUCAUGCUUGGAUUUGGGUAAUUUCUUGAAUAAGUAUCUCUAUUUUAUAAACUUUUAUAAACACAGCCCUUGUUCUUUAGUGUCUAGAGUUUCGUCUUGAGACUUCUGACCCAUCCUGCAUGCAUUGCAGAGCUAGCUGAGAGAAGUGGUCUAAGUAGUUAUUUCCUGGGGUUUCCUCAUUUUAAUAUUUCUUCACAUGCUUAGGAUCUUCCUGCAACAUUAUCCAAUACUGAAUAAAGUGUGGAAUUAUGUUGAAUGAGAUGCUGCUGAAUAUUGAUGUCAUUGCUGACACUUGCACUUGUUUUAGUGGUUGAUGAAAUCAGCACUGAAAUCAAAGUUUUUAGCCCUGGCUAAAGCAGUCAAAUUUGUAACAGUUUGAAAUUUAAUUUCAAUCAUGCACUUCAGACUAAAUUUAAAGUAUGUGCAGAGCAGCCAAAUACCAAUUCUUAACUAUUUAAUUCUUGAUCAGAUUUGAUUUUUUAUCAGUGUGAGCUUUUUGUUCCCCCGAAAACAUAGUGAAAUUCAAAUCAUUUAAAUUCUUAAAGAUAAACAAGUAAGAGUUUGCUAGGAACCUCUUACACAGUGUUAGUGGCCUGGAAAUAUAUAAUAUUCUCCUCAACUUAUUGUCUUGAGGCUCAGUAUGUAUCGGUUUUGGGAAAACUUAGCUGCUUAAUGUUCUAGCAUUAGAUUUCCCCUACCCUAUCAGCAACAAUUCCAUUAAGAUCUUUGAAUAAGUUUCUUCUUUUGAAGGAACUUAUCCCAGUGUACUUGCAGAUGACUCCAAGCUCUGUUCUGAAGAGGUACUGUCCAGCUCAUUUUCAGAUUUGUGCAUUUGCAUACAUAUAAAUUGUUCAUUUUUAAGGAUUCUAUGAUUCUAUGAAAUGUAAGGUUGGAAGGAACCUCUAGAGAUCAUCUAGUCCAACCCCCUGUGCACUCGGGGUUUGCUCACAUAUGAUUCAGAACUCAAAGGGCACAAUUACUUUGCAUGUCUCAAUAAGGAAACUCGUUCAGACCCUUCCUCCUCUUCCCAGAGUGAUUCUAGCUGGAAUGUUGCUAGAUGGUUUUAAAUUUGUUUGUUUCGCAGCAUAGCAAGACAUGGGGAUGGAAAAGUGGGAUGGAGGCACGCUAGACUGAGGCAGAAAUGACUCUUGUGGGGAAUAAAUGAGUUCCCCUCUAAGGCUGUGGACCCUCAUCUCAAACUCUCGUUAUUCAUCAACGUACAUUGAAAGCUUUUCUAAGCACUUGGGAAGAUACGUGUGUUUCCACACACUUACUCUGCUGCAGGGACUGUUUCGAAUGCUGAUUACAGGCUAAGAGGCAUUUUAUUAUUUUCCACUUCUCCACUUCCUUAGGGACAUGUAAUUACUCUGAGAAAUAACCACUUCAGUGCAUCUCAUCAAAAGCAAAUGCGCCUUAAUUUGGUGAGUUUCAACAUGUGAUCUACAAAUGUCUUGGUCAGUAGGUGGGAAAGCUGGCCAGGAAAAGCAAAUUUCUGUAUGUUAUGGAAAGUAAUUUACCUGUGGAGCUUGAUGUCCUGAUUUCAAUGCAAGUAUAGAUUCUAUAGAUUGAUAUGUGAGCUAUAAUCACUUUGCUUUUGGCUCUACCCACAAUAAUAAAAGCUGAUCUACCCUGUCUGCCCUUGUGCCAGUCUGAGAACAGGGGGUUCAGGGUUUUACACUAGUGAAUGUGAUCCAUUGUUCAUGUGGUGCUCAAUGGGAGCUUGUAAACCUGAUUUAUUAGCAGAAAAGGUAGUAGUAGUUCUGCUAGAACUAACUGUCUGGCUCCAAACGGUUGUGCAAUGUGUUAUGUGGAUUUCUUACUUAGGUCUCCACUAGCUCAGGGAUCUCUACCAUGGAUCAUGUAGCUCUUUCUUACCUACAUGAUGUGAUUUAAAAAUAAAUAAAUAAAAUAAAUAUGUUCAAGCAUAUCUUGGUGGUAUAAGGGAUCCAGAUACACCCACUCUCUGGGAACAUGCCUCUCUGCCCAGUAAGGGACUAGUGUACUUUUGGGUGUCGACAAGUAACUUUUUUAUGUCUGAUGCAUUUUUUUUUUUAACAUUUGCAGCCCCUAGAGAUGGGGACUACUCAUGUGAUUGCCUGACUUCACUGAAAUAGACCGAAAUGGUGGUGCCAAAAUAUCUAUAUUACAUGUAGGCACUGAAUGUCUGUGAUAAGAAAGGGUAUUCAGUGGUGACUAGUGUUAGAGACAGACUCCUUGUCAUCUCUAUGUAUAUGAGCAGCCUGAGAAAUUGAUUGAUUUGUGCAUUUACUUGCUAAUUUUUUGAGGGUUUUCUUGUAUACAAACUUGAAACUGAUCUCUGGAAAAUUAUGUUGAAGGACGAUUUGGUAAAAUAAAUUUAGAAUUUCCUAAGGUGGAAAGUUUGGGGCUCUUUAUUUCUGGUCCAAUGUCAAAACAUUGCAUUGCAAUGGAUUACUUUUCUAAAUAUAGGAGCUGUAGCACUUUAAUUUUUAGUAACAGAAAUUAUUAAAUACUAACACAGAGUCUAAAUGUUUGUGUUGUCUUUAGACAUUACUAUUUCUGAAAUUACUAUUUCUAAUCAAACCAGGUUGAAUCAUAAGAGCUAUUAAUACAGUUCAUCUCUAUCUGUAUAUGUGUCCUUUUUUUUCUCAGCGAUGGUAAACCAUUUUUAGUAGGUAUUACGGUUAUUUUGAUCAGCA